CGGGGCAUGUAUUAUGACGUCAUAUUUCAUUCUGCACUGCGCAACACUCUCCCUCUUGAUGACGUUUUGUAGAACAGCAGCAUGUGUAGAGAAGAUGCAUCGUUAUUUUGUUUAUUGGGAUUCUUACCAUUCCUCUCCACUGUUCUAGCUUACGAGAACCUAGCUUUGAAUAAGUCAGCAUGGCAGCAAUUUCCUUACCCUGAUAGACCGUGGGGAGCGGAAAAAGCCGUGGACGGACUGAAAUCAGCUCUAAGUGCAUUUGGAGGACAGUGUGUGAUAUCGGCUAAUUAUCAGUCAACAGCAGAAUGGCGGGUAGAUCUAGGAGAAGUACUCAGUAUACAUUACAUCUUUAUACAGUACAGAACUGAUAAUGUCGCCUGGGAUGAAAAUAAUGGCUACACGGCUAGAUUUCUGGGAUACUCUGUUUACGUGUCAAACUCAACCAGAAAAGAGGACGGAGUGUUGUGUUUUAAGGACACCAACUACACUAGAGCCACAAUCCCCAAUCCUACAAACAUAACGUGUGUCACACACGGGAGAUACGUCAUCUACUACAACACCAGGACCAGCCCUCCGUAUCCUGCUGGGUAUUACCAGUAUGCUUACAACGAAAUAUGUGAACUUGAAGUUUACGGGUGUCCUACCCCCGGAUAUUACGGCGAGGACUGUUCCUUACCGUGUCCACAGAACUGUCAGGAGGGCCGCUGUAACAUCGUGAAUGGAACGUGUCUGGGCUGUGUCUCUGGAUACACUGGACCGACUUGUGAUUCAGAAUGUGUUGAUAACAGAUAUGGUUUUGAGUGUAAUUUUACGUGUGGUAAAUGUUUGAACGGUGAGCAGUGCAAUCACGUGAACGGAAGUUGCCCAAACGGAUGUGACGAAGGAAUGUUUGGUGAUAAUUGUGAUAAAGAGUGUCCUGUUGGAUUAUUUGGGUACAAUUGUCGUGAGAAUUGUAGUAAAAACUGUGGAGUUCCGGAGAAAUGUGACAGGGUUACGGGAGAGUGUAGGGGAGGGUGUCAGCCAGGAUGGAGAGACCUCCAAUGUAAAAUCAAGUGUAAGGCGGGUGAAUUUGGUCAAAACUGUACCGAGUCCUGUGGGAACUGUGUACAGAAUGAAGCCUGCCACCAUGUCAACGGCUCCUGUCUUAAUGGCUGUGAUGCAGGAUAUGAAGGAACUAACUGUACACAAGGUUGUAAAUGGGGAUCAUAUGGUUACAACUGUAACGAAACAUGCCAGGCAGUUUGUGCUAAUAAUAGAACCUGUGACGUCAUAGCCGGAACAUGUGAACAGAUUGACACGCCGCCAAACGAUCCAGAUGACAACACUGCCGUUAUUGUUGGUGUGGUAGCGGCAGUAGUCCUGGCCAUCCUAGUUGUUGUCUUUAUCAUUGUGUUUAAGAGAACGAGAACAACAAAACCAAAGGAUGAAAUGCAAGGAUCAGAGAAACGUAUUCAGGAGAGGGAAGAGAAUGCACAUUUGCGCAACGGAAGUGAGAAUACUGGAUUAACAAACAUCUAUGAAAAUAAGGAAACCGAUGACAAACCUGUUUUGAAUUCAAAUAACAAUAAGACCAUAUGUGAUAUCCCGAUCAGUGAUAUCGAAAGUGCAAUAAAUGAAAGGAGAGAAGAUGAAGAUAACGGAUUCAAAAGAGAAUACGCUAUGUUGCCAUAUGGAGAACAACAUUCCUGCGAAGAUGGAAAACGCCAGGAAAAUCUAGAUGAUCACUCCAGGGUCAUUCUGACAGAACUAGAUAAACCAUCUGGUGACUACAUCAAUGCAAACUACAUUAGUGGAUUGGAAGAAGAGAGAGCGUAUAUUGCAUCACAAGGUCCUAAACAGAACACACUGAAUGAUUUUUGGACAAUGAUCUGGCAAGAAAAUGUUACACAAAUUGUAAUGUUGACCAACUUAAAAGAAGGAGUAAAGGUGAAAUGUUUUCAAUACUGGCCUGGGAAAAUGAAAGCAAGACGUCACGGAAAUAUCGUCAUCAAGAAUAAGGAGGAAAAACAAUACGCCUUUUACGUCAUAAGAAAACUAUCAGUUUCGCACAAGCAGCAAAAAAAAUCACGCACUGUUAUGCAAUAUCACUACACCGCGUGGCCUGACCAUGGUACCCCGGAUCCUCUUUCAUUGGUUGUUUUCCAUAGUCACGUGAUGAGAACAAGGACAAGUAGGAAUAAAUCACCAAUACUGGUACACUGCAGCGCAGGAAUAGGUCGAACAGGAAUGUACAUUGCCCUGGAUGCUCUGUACAAGGCUGGUAAAGCGUCUGGUAAAAUCAAUGUAGCGGAGUACGUAAAGAUCAUGAGGACAAACAGAAUGAACAUGGUCCAAACAUAUGAACAGUAUAUGACGAUAUUUCUGGCGUUGAACGAAAAAUUCAAAGCUUCUAUGGAAACACAAAGUCUUCCUGAUUUUACUAAGAAAAUGGAAACACUGACCGGGGAUCACCCAGCUAACCAAACAGGCAUCAGGAAGGAGAUUCAGAAACUGAUGGAAAUUCGACCAGUAUACACAAGUGCUUAUUUCAAGAAUUCCAGUCAGCAUUUAGACAAUAAAAGAGGAAACAAUGUUUUGCCAUUGGACAAAUACAUGUUAUAUCUGACAUCAUCUGUUGGUAAACGAGGCAACGUCAUCAAUGCGAUUCACGUAUCAUCUUACCAGAAAGAAAGAGCGUUUAUAGUGACUCAUUACCCGACACCAGAGGACGCUGUGGACUUCCUGCGCCUGCUCAAUGAUCAUGAAUCUGACACAGUCGUCUGUAUGAACCCAUUACAUGAAAUAGAGUCGUCUAAGACAUGGUUACCAGAAAUAGCGUCUUCCAGGGACGUGCCGCCAUUUGUUGUACAGCAUGAAUCUGAGAGUGACACCGAGGUCAAGGUCACUACAGUCAACAUCAUUCACGGGGAGAAGACACCUCAUUCAGUAGUAGUUGUAGAACCCAAGGGACAACUGAAAUCAACCGGAACUCAUCCAGACACAUCGUUUCUCCGAAGCAUAGUAUCAUAUACUCGAAACCUUUCAACAGAAAACCCCAUUACUAUAGUCAGCAAAGAUGGUGCAUCACUAUGCGGAGUAUUCUGUGCCGUGUUUAACUCCAUACAACAAAUCACCAUGGACGACAACAUUGACGUGUUUACAACAGUCAGACAACUACAGACAAGGCGACCAGAAUUCUGUUCCACACAGGAGGAGUAUUCCUUUGUGUAUAAAACGCUGCGUGAUUACAUUGAAACAACAUCAGAGAGUGUGUACAGUAAUCAAAAGGAUGUGUACACCAAUUAGUAGAACAUUGAAACAACAUCAGAGAGUGUGUACAGUAAUUAGUAGAACAUUGAAACAACAUCAGAUAGUGUGUACAGCAAUAAGUAGAACAUUGAAACAACAUCAGAGAGUGUGUACAGCAAUUAGUAGAACAUUGAAACAACAUCAAUAGAAUGUGUACGGCAAUUAGUAGAACAUUGAAACAACAUCAGAGGCUGUGUACAACAAUCAAUAGAUCAUGAAGAAAGAUCAGAGACUGUACGGCAAUCAGUAGAAAAACCUAUGUUGGUUCCAUGAAAGUUUUGUAUUCUGCAUUAAAAAAGGGGAAAUGGAGGAAAUUAGACCGAAGAUACUCAAUGUAGAAUUGUCAUAAUUUUAUUUAAUGCAAAAGGAAACAUGUUUCUUAUCAUGCAUGUAUUGUUGUCAGAAACCCUUUUCUGUAUCUAU